GGAAAUUAGUUUUAGGGUAGGGGUAAAGCUUUGGGAGGCCAAGAGAUCACAGACAUUAAUCAGGAAGGAACUUGAGGCCAGAUUAAUUUAAAUGUUUGUUACUUCCCCCACCCCUCUACAGCCAUUUCAAUUCCUGGAGAGCGUUACACAUGUGUCCCAUCCUAGGCCUCUAGCCACAGCAACCUACUACUCAUUUCCCCUGCAACAGAGGAUACAUACCUGGGCUCUCCACUGAGAAAGAUGAUGCAGGGAGGGGAAUCCCACCUGCUGUGAGUCACCUGCUAGUGUAAAGGGCGGGCCUUGCACUGCAGAGACCUUAAAAAGACUCAGACAAAGGGAGAAAAACAAGGGGAACCAGCUCAGAAACACUGUGAACAACAGCAAGAACCAGAACCAGACACAGAACAGAGAAUCAGGCUCAGAGCAAGGGGAAGUGGGCAGAGAUUCCACCAGGACUGGUGCAAGACACUGAGCCGGCCAGAUUUGAGAAGCAGGUGACAAGAUGCUGGGAAGCACAGCUGUGAUGCUGUUACUGCUGCUCCCCUGGAUUGCUCAGGGCCGGGCUGUGCCUGGGAGCAACAACCCUGCCUGGGCCCAGUGCCAGCAGCUGUCACAGAAGCUCUGCACGCUGGCUUGGAGUGCACAUCCAUCAGUGGGACAUGUGGACCCACCAAGGGAAGAGGGAGAUGAAGAGACCGCAGAUGAUGUCCCCCAUAUUCUGUGUGGGGAUGGCUGUGAUCCACAAGGACUGAAGGACAACAGUGAGUUCUGUUUGCAGAAGAUCUACCAGGGUCUAAUUUUUUACCAGAAGCUGCUGGGCUCAGACAUCUUCACAGGGGAACCUUCACUUCUCCCCGAUGGCCCCGUAGGCCAGCUUCACGCGUCCCUGGUGGGCCUCAGCCAACUCCUGCAGCCUGAGGAUCAUCGAUGGGAGACUCAGACUCCCAGCCUCAAUCCCAGCCAGCCAUGGCAGCGCCUCCUUCUUCGAAUCAAGAUCCUCCGCAGCCUCCAGGCCUUUGUGGCUGUGGCUGCCCGUGUCUUUGCCCACGGAGCCGCAACCCUGAGCCCCUAACACCAACAGUUUAAGGAUGGCACUCAACUCUCCGUGGAUCAGCAAUGACAACACAAAUUCAUCACCCAGACACUUGAAGGCCAGCAAGUUAAUUAGUCCAUUAAUUCUAAUAGGACUUGCUUGCUAAAAAACGACCGACACUGACUUAUGAUGCUGACCUGUGACAAAGCUGCAUAUUUAUUAGAUGGGAAGGGAAAUUUUGGUAUUAUUUAUCAUCAGAGGAGCAGUUUGGGGAGGAUUAUUUAUUAUAUUUAAAAGGAAUUGUUAUUUUUUUCAAUAAAGACUUAUUUAUGUGGCUCUCUGAGUCUAAUUUCUAGGCUUGGUUGGAAAAAAGUAAAGGAAAAGUAGGGCCAAGGGAUUACAAAACACUCGUUCUCCUAUUUUGAAGGGCUAUGGUGGUCUGUGAUAUUCUUUCCCUUUUCCUUUUUGUUUUG